AGUGCAGCUGCUGCACCCAGCCCCGUGAUGGGCAACAUGCCCCCCAACGACGGCAUGCCAGGCGGUCCCAUGCCCCCCGGCUUCUUUCAGGGGCCUCCUGGUUCACAGCCGUCGCCCCACGCACAGCCACCCCCACACAACCCCAGCAACCCCAUGAUGGGACCGCACAGCCAGCCUUUCAUGUCUCCGCGGUACCCAGGCGGGCCACGCCCCUCCCUCAGAAUGCCAAAUCAGCCCCCAGGCGGAGUUCCGGGGUCACAGCCUCUCCUACCCAACAGCUUGGACCCCACGAGACCGCAAGGGCAUCCGAACAUGGGCGGGCCGAUGCAGAGAAUGAACCCCCCGAGAGGGAUGGCAGGGAUGGGGCCACAGAACUAUGGGGGAGGAAUGAGACCCCCACCCAGCUCGCUAGGGGGCCCUGGCAUGCCUGGGAUGAACAUGGGUCCGGGAGGAAGGGGUCCCUGGCCGAAUCCUAACGCAAACUCGAUAGCAUAUUCCUCGUCGUCUCCAGGGAAUUACGUGGGUCCACCGGGGGGAGGCGGUCCGCCAGGCACUCCCAUCAUGCCCAGCCCAGGAGACUCUACAAAUUCCAGUGAAAACAUUUACACAAUGAUGAACCCAAUAGGACCUGGAGGCAGCAGACCCAACUUCCCCAUGGGCCCUGGUCCAGAUGGUCCGAUGGGAGGGAUGGGCGCGAUGGAGCCGCACCACAUGAACGGGUCGUUAGGGUCUGGGGACAUGGAUGGGUUGCCAAAGAAUUCUCCGAACAACAUGGCAGGGAUGAAUAACCCCCCCGGCACUCCGCGAGACGAUGGCGAGAUGGCCGGCAACUUCCUGAACCCGUUCCAAAGUGAAAGCUAUUCUCCCAGCAUGACGAUGAGUGUGUGAUUUUCCCCCCCCCCACCGUCCCCCCACCCUGCGCGACCUCCCCCCCCCCCCCCCCCCCCCAGACCCCCGAUCUCCUGUGCACCCUCCCCUGAGAACGAGGGCUGCAUAUUCACAGCACCCAGCAGGGGGCAGGACACGACCAGAGGACUCCAGAGAAAGCCAGCAGAACUUCGACCGACCCAAGAGUGUGCGCCUCACUGACACCCCACCCACCCAGACAGACAGACAGACAGACAGACAGCAGGUGUAUUUAAAGACUGUCCCCAAACACCUACCUGUAUCUACCUGCAAACACCUUUCCACUAUUCUUCUUGUUCUUGUUGUUGUUUAAUAUUGUAAUGACAUGGCAGCAGCAGCGCCCCCUGUAGGUGAGUUGCCAUUCAAACAUGUAAAGGUGGUUUGUGUGGUUUUUUUAAAUGUUUUUAUUUUCCUGGGGGAGGAGGGGGAGGGGGAGGGGGAGGGGGGUUUGAAUUCUUUUAGUUUUUAUGUAAAGGGCACAUGGAAUCACUAGGAAGCACACCCGAAUGCUGAAGCACUGUAGCGACCGUUCUGUUUACAGGGACGCGUUUUGUUUCAAGGUGUGUGUUUUUUCUGUUUCAUUUUCUCAUGUAAAUGUUUUGGAAGUGUCGCUUCUCCUGCUCAGUUUUCAACAGCUCUUCGGAGGAGAGGGAAAGCUUCGCAGAGCAAACGGGCUGUUUUUUAUUUUUCAUUUCUCUCUCUCUCGUCUUUCCUCUGCGGGAAAGAACUGCAUUGGGGGCCCGUGGCUCAGGGCCAUAAGCUGCUAAACCCUGUUUGUCAGGACGUCCCACAGGGAGAGAGCGAGACAGAGAGCGAGCCUGCACUGGCUUCAGCAGAGCAGGGUGCUGGGCUGGGCCUGUUUCUCAACAACUGGAAAACAAUCUGGGUUUAAUUAUUAUUAUUUUUUUUUAAAUCAUGUGCCUAGUUUUUAAUUUAUAUUCAAGAUUUUAAAAAAAUAAAAUAAACUUCACCAAGACUUUUUACCAAA